AUGCGGAAGAUCCUCAUGCAGAAGCUGAACCACUGCCUCCGUGUGGGCGACCUGCCCGGAUUUCGACGCCAUUUCAACCUCCGGAUGAUGUACUUGCGCGGCCUUGACACAGCGCCAGUGGCCGGCCUGCUACCCAGUUGUGAGGGUGGUGAUGAUGUGGUGGCGGAGUUCCUACACCAAAACGGAUUGAGGAGGGUCAAUGAGGUAGACGGUGCCGGGUGGCGGCCUCUGCACUACGCAGCCCUAAGCGGCAAUGUAGAGGUGCUGAAAGGCCUGCUGGAACAGCGAGCCCAAGUGAACUGGCGCACGUGGAAGGAUGAGCCGAUGCUGGGCUUUCCGCCUUGGAUGUCGGCGCUGGACCUGUCACUGUUCUACCGGCACCACGAGGCCACGCGCUUGCUCCUCGCAGCGAGAGCCCACCUUGUUGGUGGAGUUUCACCGGCUGUGAUGCAUGCAACUGGCGGAGACAAUGCGGAAGGUAUCCGACUGGUGUGUGCGAUGGGUGCCGUGCCGAUGUCGCAAAAUCUACUUGGAAACCCCACGUUCGCGACGGCAGCUGCUAUUGCAUCCGCAGAAGCCCUGGAAGAGUUGCUAGUGCAGGGACGCCCAAGCUCCAUGGAUCUUUCUCGGGCACUCUUCGACGCCACAAUGUUUCGAGGCGGCUCGGCUGAGCUGGUGCAGCGAUUGAUUGAUCUCCGGGCUGACGUUGACUUCCAGUUGGACUUGCCGCGGGACUGGAGCAGACUGGGCCGGCUGCUCCUUGCGGUCAAGUCCUGGCAACAAAGUCGCGGCCGUACCAGUACAAUAGGGACGAUCGCCUAUCACUUGCAUGGCAGCACGCCGCUGAUGCAGACCAUCCGGUCGGCUCAGUUCGACGGCGCCGCGGCCCUGAUCGCGGCCGGCGCCAGACUGGAUCUCUGCAAUUGCCGGAAGUGGACCGUGGCGGACUUUGCGCGUGGGCUGUCCAUCCCACGCUUUCUGCAGCUGGGCCUGGAGGGAGACUCGUCAGAGUGCCGAAGGGUGUCUUUGCUUGCACAAUCGACCAGCUGCUUUUCGAUUUGA